AGCGAGCGGGGGUUGUGGGACGACGAGCUCGGGGCGAUACGGAAGCGCGGUGAUUGGCGACUCUUCUCCGCAAGUAAUUCCGAGCCGAGGCUUGCCCUAAAUCAAGAUAAUUGAUCCCGUUCCCGCCACUUUGAAAGUACGCGUUCGCCUCAAAUAGCAGUUGAACGCCUCUUGCUUUUGUCCCACCGUGUCAGUGCCCUCUCUUUCUCUCCUCCUCCUCCUCGACUUCACCCUCUGUCUAUAUCGCUCGGGGAUCCAAUUGUCUUCAUUCUCUGUACUGUCAUUAUUCUCUUCAUUGCUGUUGGCACAGUCUACGCGACGGCAACCCCCUGUAAUUGGCAGUUCCCCCAAAACGUGAGAAACCGCGCGUUUAACCCCCCCUGUAUGUCUCCAGUGUCACGCACGCGCCCCUGUUCGCCGUUUAGGCCAGGGCCGGUCAGCCUAGUGACCGGAUAUAGGCACCUUCUCCCCCUGCAUGUAUGCCUUUUCUGACCAGCGGAAUGCAAUACUAGGUUCACCCUUGACUGCUUUAACCCGUGCUGUGCGCUUGAGUCCCCCUCUGCUCUCCCUCAACAGUCAGAAUGGCCGACGAGGACAACUUUGAUAUUUACGGGGACGACAACUACGACAACCUUGCUGAGGAUGAGCAAUACGAGGACCAGCAAUACGGUCCCGAGAGCGAGCAUCAAGGUCAUGAGGAGGACCCCGAGGGGCGGAACAUCCCCACGGAGACGGCCGCGCAGGAGCCGAGCGCGGGGGAGAAGCGAAAGCUGGACGACGGCCAGGACUCGCGCAGCUUUGUCAAGGAGGAGUCUGGGACACCGUUUGUCCCGUUUAGUGGGGGGAACGAGCUGCCACCGAAGCCGAUGGGAAGCCAGGGCAUGCCGGGGAUGCCUGUACAGGGUAUGGGGUAUAUGAACCCUGGUCCUGGGUCGUCCGACGCGCUCUAUGUUGGGGAGCUGCACUGGUGGACAACGGAUGAGGACUUGCGACAGGUCGCUCAGAAUUUGGGAGUUCAGUUGGAGCAUAAGAACAUCACUUUCUCAGAGCAUAAGGUGAAUGGGAAGAGCAAGGGAAUCGCCUACAUCCAGUUCGAGAACGCAGACGAGGCACAAAAAGUAAAAGACUGGUUUGACUCGAAUGACUUCCAAGGUCAUCGAGCAAACGUCACGAUCACCAGCUCGGCACAUGGGAACCCAUUCCGGACACUGCCCAAGCCUGCCGAACCGAACCGGGAAGGGAACAAAGGACCGCCACGAGGUGGCAUGCACGGGAACCGCGGCGGCAUGCAAGGGAACAUGGGCAACCCAAGUAUGAGCAACAUGGGCCGAGGUGGUGGGAUGGGGAUGAACCAGAACCCAGGCGGUGGUGGGACCUUCGGCGGCCGCGGGGGUGGCAUGCAAAACGGCAACUUCCCUGUCAACCCGAUGAUGGUGAACGCGAUGAUGGGCAUGCCCCAGCAGAUGGUGCAACAGAUGAUGCAGCGUAUGGCUGGGAUGGGGAACAUGGGUGGUAUGCCCGGUAUGGGCGGGAUGGGGAACAUGGGAGGUAUGGGUGGUAUGGGGAACAUGGGCGGUAAUGUUGGUGGUAUGGGCGGCCGAGGGGGUGGGAUGAACCGCGGUAUGGGGCGAGGGAUGGGACGGGGAAAUUAUAACGGCAAUUCUUCGUUCAACAACGACGGCGACGGACCGAGGAAACGUUCUCGGAUGGACGACGGUUACUGAGCUUUGGAUGCGUUUAUACGUCUUUUAUGAGGGAGACGCAUCAUGUCGGUUUAAAUUAUGGAGUGUAGCAUGUUCCUCGCCUCUCUUUGUAUGAUAACGU